AUGCAAGAGACACAUCACCAAAAGCACCACCACGUCCUCAAUGGAAGCCGUAUGCUCUAUGAGGUAUCUGUCCGUCCAUGGUUCCUCACCCUCUCCCAAAAGUACAAGAAGACCAUCGACAGGAUCAACGAGAUCCCAAUGGAGGAGUUCCAACAUAUUAAGAACAUGGGAUUCGAUAUGGUAUGGUUGAUGGGAGUUUGGUCCCUCGGCAAGUACGCCGUCCAGUACGAGACCACUGCUGAGCACUUGAAGCAGGAGUUCUCCCACGUGUUGCCAGGCUACACCAAGGAUGAUGUGAUCGGCUACCCAUACGCUAUCACCAAGUACGAGGUGAACCCCCAGGUCGGCACCCUGCAGGACCUCCAGCACUUGAAGAAGUCGCUCAACAACAUGGGCCUUCACUUGAUGUUGGACUUUGUUCCCAACCACACUGCCGUCGACUCACCACUCGUCAACUCCAACCCAGACCACUACGUGCGCGCACCAAAGGACACCAAGGCACCCUACGACCCCAACACCUACUUGCCAAGCGGCAUCGCAUGCGGUGCUUCGAUCUGGGGUCACUCCUGGCUGGACACAGCCCAGAUCAACAUCUGGAACACACAGGCCAUCCGCGCCACCAUCCAAGAGCUGUCGUCCGUCGCCGCCGUCUCUGACGCUGUUCGCGUCAACAUGGCACACCUCGUGCUCAACUCGUUGUUCAACAAGAAGUGGGGCACACAGCUGGCCUCAUGGGGCUACAAGCAGCCAGCACACGAGUUCUGGGACGUGGCCAUCAAGGAGGUCAAGAAGUCCCACCCACACGUUGUCUUCAUGGCCGAGGUCUACACUGGCUAUGAGGAGGAGCUCCAGAACCUUGGCUUUGACUACACCUACGACAAGUCUUUCCGCGACAUUGUUGGCGGUGGCAACAUUGAUCAGAUCCGCGGCUGGAUCAACAGCCACUCAUGGAAGUACAACAAGCAGUCGGUGCGCUUCAUCUCCAACCACGACGAGCAGCGUGGUGUUGCCUACUUUGGCUCAUGGUGGCGCUCAAACGCUGCCGCACUCCUCACCUACACGCUCCCAGGCAUGAAGAUGUUCUGGAUGGGCGAGUUUGAGGGUAUGCGCAACCAGCUCGAGGUGCAUCUCCGCCGCCAGCUACCCGAGCCCGUCAAUGAGGCCACCGUCCAGUUCUACAAGGUGCUCACAUCAGUCAUCUCCAAGCCUGCAUUCAAAGCUGGCGACUUCCAGAUGCUCACCGUGACUGGCACCGACUCAUCAUGGCCAUUGAUCGCCUACAAGUGGACCCAUCAACAAGACCGUGUACUCUGUGUCGUCAACUUCUCCAACGUCACUGGCAGUGGACGCAUCAUCCUCAACGACGCUGAGCCACACCAAGGUCGUGACAUCGUCCCAGUUUCCGAGCUCCUCACUGGCGUCACCUACCAACGCUCUGCUCACGAGAUGAAGUCUGAGGGUCUUUUCGUCAUUGUCAACAGCUGGUCUGGACAGAUCUUCAAGUACUAA